AGCAUUACUCGCAAUUCCGCACACAUUCUCGCCAGCUCAGUCAGUGCCUGCUCUUACCUGAUCGAUAUGCCACUCAGAGGGGCUGAUAUCGAAAAGGCAUUUCCUCGAUUCUCACCAACCACUUCUGUCCUCCAACUGCUGCUUGAUGGUCUACAUAAAGGUGGUAACCAAAUUGCUCAGGUUGAAGCUCAAUCAGGGAAGAGUGAGAGCUAUGCAGGAAUUCUGCAGCAAAGCUCAUCCAUCGCUGUAGGAUUACAAAGCGCAGGAGUUACUGCAGGAGACAUUGCAGUUCUGUGUUGUGACAAGAGUAUUCUAGCGUACUCAAUCCUUCUGGGAACUAUAUUCACUGGAGCUACAGUUAUCGUAAUUAAUUCUUUAGAUGCCAAUAAAAUACACCAGUGUAUUGGAAGACAUCCAGUGAAGGUAGUGUUUAGUGAUCCUGUUUAUGUGAAGUCUGUGAAUGAGUCAGUAAGUAAGAUGAUCCUUCCACCAUCUCUUGUGGCUACUAUUGAAAUGGCCGACCCUUUCAUUAGAUCCCUCACAAAAUCUGUAGAGGAAUUCAAGCUAUUCAAGGUUGAAAAUGUUAGUAAGCAUAUCCCUCUGAUUUUGUUCACAAGCGGUUCAACUGGAGACCCUAAAGGUGUAGAAAUCAACGAUCUGCUUCUUCAACGGCUUGGAUACACGUUCGAUGAUGAGUCAAUUGAGUCAUAUUUGCUGAUGAGUGCGUUCUCAUGGAUAAGUAGUCCAAUAUCCUUGGUCUCCAGUCUUCUCAAAGGUUACACACUUGUCCUGAGCAACUCUAAGGAUCCUGCACACAACUUGGAAUUCAUUCAGAGAUACAAAGUGAACGGGGUAACUUUGAGUGCAUCUGUGGUAUCCCUUUUCAUGAAAGAACCUUCCCUCUCUCAAUUGGAUUUGUCCUCUCUUUCGAUGGUUGUGAUCGGAGGAGAUGUUGUGUUGAAGCGAGAAGCAGAGAUGUUCAUACAGAAGGUGCUGCAAGGAAGGACAGGUGUACAAAGCUUGUAUGGGAUGACUGAAACUGGAGUCUUGACGACGUGGAGGAACCAAAAUCUCUUGGAUUUGAGCAAGAUUAAUUCAACAGGAUACCUAGCACCAGGAGUUGAAAUAAAAAUUAUGAAUGAUGAAGGUGUAGAAGUACUUACCGAAAGUUUGGGAGAGCUCUGGGUCAAGUCUAUCGCGAUGAUGUCUGGGUAUUGGAACCAACCAGAACUGACUAAGCAGCUAUUUGAUAAUGAUGGGUUUUUCCAAACUGGAGAUGCUGGCUGUUUUGACAAAGAUGGCUUCCUCUAUAUUAAAGGGCGAGUAAAGGAUUUGAUUGAUUUCAAAGGAUCUAAGAUAUCGGUGUCAGACGUAGAAGACAUACUCAAAUCCCAUCCUGCAGUUCUUGAAGCUGCUGUCAUCUCAAAACCCCACCCGGAAAGUUCCCACCAACUUUCAGCGCUAGUGGUGAAGAGAUCAAAAUGUGAUGUCACAAGUGAAGAGAUUGUGGCUUUUGUUGGAGAACAUGUCGAGGAGGCUAAAAAGUUGAAUGGAGGAGUUUACUUCAUUGAUAAGUUACCAAGGACUUCUUCUGGGAAAGUUAAUAGGAGACUUCUUCACGAGAUAUUGUUAUCAAAUUGACUUUGUAUUGCUGUUUACACCAGCUUUUAUUUUAUUAAUUGCACUAAACUUCUAUAAAUAGCUUUACGAAUGUGGUGAAACAUUUUCAUACACUGAGCACAUUCAGAUUGUGUAAGAUAUUACAUGCAGGAUUCUCCCAAGAGAAGCUUAGAAGAGAGAACAAAAUAAUUUAAAUAAAACAAGAAGUCAACAAAUUCCAUAGACAAUUUAUAAAUUUAUGGAAUGUAAGAUAAAAUUAGUAUAAAUCUUCAACAUGUGAAAAAAAAAAUAGAAACCUCCAACAAAAUCUGAAUUGAAUACAUUUAAACAAGAUUAAACAGUAGUUGAGUUCCUUUUGAAGCAAAAUGGUGAAGAUCCAGAUCCAGAAAUGGAAGAAUGAGAAAUCAUGUUCCCAAUGAAAGAUUUCAGAAAACAAACACGUUUGCUACUGACAUGUAGAGAAAACCUGUCAAACCUCAAACCUGCCAACGUCAAAUAUAGUUGUCGCGCCAAACUCUCUCCAUACACUGACAUCAUCUAUAGGUGACACUCGGGCUGAAUGCACUAGACCAAUGUCAACUGUAGGUGACACUCGGGCUAAAAGGACAUGGAUUUUGUUUGUUGGUCUACAGGAAUUUUUUAAAAUUAAGCUGGUCCCUGAAUGGGGUAAUUUUUACUGGUAUUAUGGCAUCCUUUUCUUGUAACUAAAUUUCCAGCAAACAACACUCAACAGGGCAUCCAAAUAAUGUGUUGUCUGUUCUGUGUUGUAAUAGGUCAAUAUCAAGGUUGAAUAUUUUAUAAUACAUUGUUGUGUAUUAUUGGAUUUAUAAAAACACAACUACAGAAAAUAUGUCAGCUACGCCAAGUAUAGUAAUUGACAUCGGUCUAUGAGAAAACUACAUGUAAUUAAUAUGUAUUGCAAUGUAUGCUAUAGACUAACGUCACCUACAAUUGAAACAAAUUAAAGUAUAAUUUACUAAUGA